AUGGGGAGCUCGGCCUCGUCUCUCGCUGCAGAGACCGAGUCGGACCAUGGCUUUGGCAGUACCUCCUACCCGUCGUCUCCCCCCGUGGGCUGGCUCAGAAACAGCCACAGCAGUCCGGUGUGGGGAACCACCUUCAUCACACGGCAGCACCAACAGCCUGUGCCGCACCGAGAGCGCAGCCAUUCCCACUCUCCUGGCUCCAUGGCUGCAGCAGUGCGAAGCAGCGAGUGGUCAUGUGGACGCUGCACCUUCCUGAAUGCAGGCGCGGCGCCCCGCUGCUCCAUCUGCGAGGCGCCGCGCCAGAAACCCGAUCUGAACCAGAUCCUGCGGCUGAGCAGCACUGAGGAGCAACGCUGGGCCUGCCCACGCUGUACGCUCAACAACCCACAGGGAUCCGGAGCCUGCUCGGUCUGUGGCUUCGGCCCGUCGUCCGCCACCAACACCCCGCCUACCACAACCAUAGCCGUCACUGCCAAUGGCCUCCCAUCUGCUCCAACUGAGCCCCCGACACCUGCAGUCACCCCCACGGUACUACUUGAGCCCAAUGGACAGCAUCCGGUCAAAGAGGACGUGUUGCGCCGCUCGGAGAGCAACGGAGAAGUGAGUGGCCAUGAAGGGCAGAACCCCGGUUGGGCUUGUGCGCGGUGUACGCUCCACAACACGCCAGUGGCUCUAUCAUGCUCAGCCUGCGGCGGACCCAGAAAACUGUCUCUGCCUAAAAUCCCCCCAGAGGCACUGGUAGUACCUGAAGUACGUACGCCUGUCGUCGGGUUCCCUGUUCACCCAGCACCGUCAGCACCCUUAGUCAUCGACCUCACAGAUGAGUCCAGCACCCCCACUCCAUCUGAUCCUCAAGAAUCUCCCCAAGUUUCGUCACAGGGUCUCUCUUCGCCUUAUCCAACAUUCCCCUCCCUCCAAAACAAUCCCGUGCCCCGCAGCCGGAGAGAGGUUCCCCCACCAGGCCGCCCGCAAAACCAAGGAACCAACAGCCCCAGCCCCACCUCCCCGUCCACGGCCGUCGUGCCCCCUCAGCCGGGCCCGCAGCGGCCAGCCAAGCCCAAACAUGCACAACCCCAAGAACCUUCGUACCCCAGCAAACGCCUCAGCAUCUUGGAAGAAGAAGACCCUCAGCACCACCCGCUGACUCCGGCUAACCCCACCUGGAAGUGCCCUAGCUGCUCUUUGCCCAAUGCUGUUAGCUCAGCCAAGUGUGAGGGCUGCCGAUCGUCAAGGGCCGGCGCUGACCUCAUCGACCUAGUAGGCUGUGAAACGGUACGAUUUACCCCUGCUAGCCCAUCCAGUCCGGACUUUAGCACCUGGGUGUGCUCCAAGUGCACCCUGCGGAACCCCACCGGCGCACCCAAGUGCUCAGCUUGUGGUUCUUCCAAACUGCACGGCUUUCAGGAGCAGCAGACCCCUCUGGCCCGCUGUUGUCCACACUGCAGCUCUGCUUCGUGCUCUUGUCCACCCUCCUCCACCCCGUCAGGUCAUAAAGCACGAAAACAAGCCCGGGUCUUCCCUUCCGCUGCCGGCGCUUCCUCCGGUUCAUCUGGCCUCCAGGAGAAAGCAGGACAGUGGAGCUGCCCUGCAUGCACGCUUCUCAACGACGUCAAGGCCAAGAACUGUGCAGCGUGCCACACAGCGCAGCAGUACCUCACCCUUCGCAAGGUGGUGAAGCCCCUGAAGAGGAGGGAGAGCAUGCAUGUGGAGGCUCGUCGACGGAACGAUGAGGGAGAAGCCAAGGAGCUCUGGGAGAACAUCGUCAGCUUCUGCAGAGAGAACUCUGUGAACUUCGUGGAUGACAGUUUCCCCCCAGGACCUCACUCCGUGGGCUUCCCCGAGGGCGACAGCGUCCAGCAGCGCAUCAAAAAGUGGCUGCGUCCCCACGAGAUCAACUGCAGCAACUUUAAAGACAGAGGUGUCAAAUGGUCCGUCUUCCGCACGCCGCGGCCCUCCGACAUCCUGCAAGGGCUCCUCGGAAACUGCUGGUUCCUGAGCGCGUUGGCAGUGCUGGCGGAGCGACCGGAGCUGGUGGAGAGAGUCAUGAUCACCAGAACCAUCUGCCCGGAGGGCGCCUACCAGGUCCGGCUCUGCAAAGACGGGACAUGGACCACGGUGCUGGUGGACGACAUGCUGCCCUGCGACGACUACGGAUACCUUCUCUUUUCACAGGCUCAGAGGAAGCAGCUCUGGGUGGCUCUGAUCGAGAAGGCCUUGGCCAAACUCCACGGGUCCUACUUCGCCUUGCAGGCAGGGCGCGCCAUCGAGGGCCUGGCCACUCUGACUGGGGCGCCCUGCGACUCCCUCAUGCUCCAGGUCAGCUCCACUAAUCCCCGAGAGGAACCCAUCGACACCGACCUGAUCUGGGCCAAGAUGCUGAGCUCCAAGGAGGCUGGGUUUCUAAUGGGAGCUUCGUGUGGAGGCGGGAACAUGAAGGUGGACGACGCCGUUUAUGAGUCCUUGGGUCUGAGGCCCAGACACGCCUACUCCAUUCUGGAUGUUCGUGAUGUUCAGGGUUACAGGUUGCUGCGGCUGCGUAACCCAUGGGGCCGCUUCUCCUGGAACGGCAGCUGGUCGGACGAGUGGCCGGACUGGCCUCAGCACCUCCGGCACGAGCUGAUGGCUCAUGGCAGCAGCGAGGGCGUCUUCUGGAUGGAGUACACCGACUUCAUAAAAUACUUUGACUCAGUCGACAUCUGUAAGAUCCACUCAGACUGGCAGGAAGUGCGUCUCCAGGGCUGCUUCCCCAGCAAAGCCAGCGGCCCGGUCACCGUCACGGCCCUCACCGUGUUGGAGCGCACCGCCCUGGAGUUCGCUCUCUUCCAGGAGGGAAGCAGGCGCUCGGACACGGCCGACAGCCACCUGCUGGACCUCUGCAUCAUGGUGUUCCGCGCUUCGUUCGGCAGCGGCAACAAGCUGACCCUGGGCCGUCUGUUGGCCCACAGCAAGCGGGCCGUCAAGAAGUUUGUGGGUUGUGACGUGAUGCUGGAGCCGGGGGAGUACGCGGUCGUCUGCUGCGCCUUCAACCACUGGCAGAUGAACGUGAGCGGGACGGGAGCUCCGCCCACGCCCAUCUCCAGUCCCACCAGCGGGGCGGCCCGCCGGCCCAGCCACGACUUUCCCGGCUACAUUCUGGCCAUCUACAGCUCCCGCCAGGUGAUGGUGGAGCAGGUGGAGGCCACGCCCACCACACUGGCCGACGCCAUCAUCCUGCUCACAGAGAACAAAGGAGAACGACACGAGGGUCGUGAGGGCAUGACCUGCUACUACCUGACCCAUGGAUGGGCGGGGCUUAUCGUGGUUGUGGAGAACCGCCAUCCCAAGUACUACCUCCACGUUUCCUGUGACUGCACUGACAGCUUCAAUGUGGUUUCCACGCGCGGCAGCCUCAAGACCAUCGACAGCGUUCCACCUUUACACAGGCAGGUGCUGGUGGUACUCUCCCAGUUGGAGGGAAACGCAGGCUUCUCCAUCACCCAUCGCCUCGCCCACCGAAAGGCGGCGCAGGCCUCCCUGGGCGACUGGACUCCCACCAAGGCCACCCACAGCCCCCACCUCACCCCUGACAUUGAUGGGCUGCACAGACCCAGGCCUCUAUGACCCCUGCCUUCUUCACCCCCCACCCAUAGACUUUAACUCAACAACCUGUCAGACCACUGAAAAAAAUCAAGCAAUGGUAGAAAAGAGCUGUGGGGAGCCAUGAGUUGCAGAGGAAGGCGAGUUUUCUGGUUUUGGAAGUGCGUAUGAAUGUGAAGUCUACAGAGCGUUUAUUGGAUCUCCAGAUUUUUUUUUUUUUAGCCAUGUGGAAGUGCCAUUUCGGGAUGAGAAGAGGGGAAUGGGCCUCGACUGGAUCCAGACCGAGACACCAUGGGAAACUAGUUCAAGCUUAACUACUGAGCCAUGGCCCCGCCCACACUCAGUUACUCACUUCCUCCACACGUCGUCCUCAACAGGAUGCUCACCAGUCCUCAGUGUGGUACAUUAUGAGCCAAACCAGCUGAGUUUACAGCGUAAUUAAUGUUUAUUUUAUAUUUAGUCUUACUUGUUUUGUAGCCUGACCUUCACCACCUUUUCCAUUAAGGUUGCAGAUGAAGCCAUUACUCACCCAGUGCAGUCUGUUCCCACUCAGAGUAGCUCAAGACCAAACUUUGUUUCUGUCAUCAUGUAAGUGUUUUGUAGCAGGCUGUCAGAAAGCUGGAUUUAGUGUCCAUCUUUUUUCUCUGCUGUGACUCUGGUACCUUCCGUCUUUUUAAAAAUACUGAAUCAGGAAGAAAAUCUCUGCUUGGAUUAGACAACACACACCUCCUUUCUGAUGGAUUUUCUUCCUGAAAGGAAUAGUUCAGAGUUUUUAAAGUGUUUUUUUUUUUUUUAGAUAUCUCUUGAUGUUUUCCUGGAUCUGUAUGGUAAAUCUGAUGGCUAAAACCAAAAUGGACGUCUGCCAUUAUAAACCUCUCCAGGUUUUCAAAAACGCAUCAUAAAAGUUGUUUUUUUACACCUUUAAAUCCUCAUUACUGCACAGAACCCUAUAAUUAUUCGCACAGGAAAUCGUUGUUGGAGGUGGUGCGUCACCAAUAGUCUUCCUGUGUGAAACUCAUUCUAAGAACAAAAAGUGAAGCAAAUAAAUCAAAUAGCUUUAACAUCUAGAAAAGCUCAGAUCAAAAUUUAUUGUUGAAUCUUUGCACUGCAAAAACAUAAAAUCCCACCAAGUAUUUUUGUCUAGUUUCUAGUGCAAAUAUCUUAGUACAAUACGACAAAACUAACUUAAAAGGACAUUUUCAACAAGAUAAAGCAGCUUGGUUUAAGUCAGUAAUGCUUUAUGAUUGAUUAAAAAAGUACUAGUUCCAGUGGCAUUACCAUCUGGUUGUAAACAAUCUAUUUUCAUUCCCACUAGAGGUGCAGAAAAAAGUGAUUCUCUAGGGAAUUGUAAUUCCUAGUCCUGAAAAUUCUGAAUGGACU